AGGAAGCGUCCCCGGGAGCUGAGCCGCCCGUCCCGCGGGGCCGUCGGAGCGGGGAGAGCGCUGCCCCCGGCCCGACGCUCCCCGGGAUCAGCGGGAGUUGUGGGAACGGGAGAGGGGAGCAGGGUGUCCCCCUCGUUCUCGCACUGGGUCUGCGGAUGUCCCGCGGGGGCCGGGCCGGCGGCUCUGUGGGAACUCGCCGGAGCGUCUCCGCUGGAGCCUCUCGGCAGUGACGGCGCUCGAAGCCCCGCGUCUCCUUCUGCCGCUGCCCCAGCUGCGCUCGGGAGAGUUGGCGCUCACCAGGGAAGCAAUGUUCUAAGAAUGUCAUCACACAUCCAAAUAAAACCAAAGACUGCAGCACAGAAAAGCAAGACAUCCUCUCCUUUACCAUGUUCUCCAGAACCUGCAGUUAAACCGCAGCCAAAGCCUAGUGACAAGCUGAAUCCUAAAACUAUCGAUCCGUUUGGUGCUUAUUCUCGACCAACAUCUGCAUUUGCUGCUACAUAUGCUAAAGGAGGCAUUCCGUGCAGGUUAGUGCAUGGAUCAGUAAAGCACAAACUGCAAUGGGAAUGCCUUCCUGAAACUGUUCCCUUUGAUCCUCUCCUUGUAACACUGGCAGAGGGACUAAGAGAGACAAAACAUCCCUAUACAUUUGUUUCAAAGGAGGGCUUUAGAGAAUUACUUCUGGUUGAAGGUGCUACUGAAAAAGCAAUUCCCUUGUUGCCUCGUCUAGUUCCAGUCUUAAAGGCUACACUGAAAACAAAGUGA